CCCACCUCAAGCCACCCCUCCAUUCCCUACCUCCUAACCUUAUCCCACCCCCUUGACCUGUCCAUCCUCCCCGGACUGACCUAUUCCCUCCCUACCUCCCCACCUACACUCACCUCUACUGGCUCCAUCCCCAUCUCUUUAACUUGUCUGUCUCCUCUCCACUAUCUUCUCCUGUAUCCAUCUUCAAUCCGCCUCCCCCAUUUCUGAUGAAGGGCCUAAGCCCAAAAUGUCAGCUUUCCUGCUCCUAAAUGCUGCAUGGCCUGCUGUGUUCAUCCAGCUCCACACCUUGUUAGCUCAUAAGAAAGAGCAUGUGAAUGGUGAGGAAACAGUGAAUCUCAUAAAGAUGGAUGUUGGUGAUACUACGAUGAUUGGUAUCCUUCCAUUUGCAAGAGAUUGCAGCUUCAGAAGUUUUGAGAGUUUAGACGAACGUCACUGCAUUUCCUUCAUAAAGACUGCAUCUUUAUCUUUUAUUUUGUUUGUGGACUAAAAUGAGAAAAGGACUGUUUUAAGACCAAGGACUGUGAAGGAAUUGCUGCACUUUUCAAAACAAAUACAGAAGAAAUGAUUAGUUUAAGAGAUAAUUAAUGAUGUCCUGCUUGCAAAUAUCAAACCUUCAAAUGUUUUCUGCACAAGGAAUGAGAGACAAAGUUUUCCAAUCAUGACUGGAAUCUUACCUCGAUCUGAUGGAAGUACAAAUGUUACAGAGAACUGGUUGUCUAAUGGAUCAAUACUGACCUCUCAAGUUCAUGCUGCUGCCGUCAAUGGAGACAAGUGCGCACUGCAUAAACUCAUAACAGCAAAUCCAAAUAUAAAGGAUGCAGAAGAUCAGUUUGGUCGAACUCCACUGAUGUAUUGUGUACUUGCUGACAGAUUGGAUUGUGCUGAGGCACUCAUUAAGGCUGGAGUUAAUAUCAACAAAGCAGACCACAGUCAGAGGACUGCCUUACAUCUUGCAGCACAAAAGGGAAAUUACCGCUUCAUGAAGCUGUUGCUUAGUCGACGCGCCAACUGGAUGCAGAAGGAUCUUGAGGAGAUGACUCCACUUCACUUAGCUACACGCCACAAAAGUCCGAAGUGUUUGGCUUUGCUAUUAAAGUCUAUGGCUCCAGGAGAAGUGGACACCCAAGAUAAAAACAAGCAAACAGCAUUACAUUGGAGUGCCUACUACAACCAUCCAGAACAUGUUAAACUGCUGAUAAAACAUGAUUCCAAUAUAGGCAUUCCUGACAUUGAAGGCAAAAUCCCACUCCAUUGGGCUGCCAGUAACAAAGACACUACAGCCAUUCACACUGUGAAAUGCAUUCUGGAAGCUGCUCCUACUGAAUCAUUAUUGAACUGGCAGGACUAUGAAGGACGAACGCCACUUCAUUUUGCUGUUGCUGAUGGAAAUGAUGCUGUGGUUGAUGUAUUGACCUUGUAUGAAGGAUGCAAUAUAACAUCUUAUGAUAAUUUAUUUCGAACUCCUCUACACUGGGCAGCAUUAUUGGGUCAUGCUCAAAUUGGACACCUUCUACUGGAAAGGAACAAGUCUGGCACUAUUCCAUCAGACAGCCAAGGAGCCACGCCACUGCAUUAUGCUGCUCAAAGCAAUUUUGCUGAAACUGUUGAGGUAUUCUUGAAUCAUCCAUCAGUGAAAGAUGACCCGGACCUGGAGGGACGGACUGCAUUUAUGUGGGCUGCGGGAAAGGGCAGUGAUGAUGUCCUUCGAACGAUGUUAAGGGUAAAAUCAGACAUCGAUAUCAACAUGGCAGAUAAAUAUGGGGGAACAGCUCUACAUGCUGCAGUCCUCUCUGGUCAUGUUAGGACAGUGAAACUUCUGUUGAAAUAUGGGGCACAAGUGGAUGCCAUGGAUGUGAUGAAACACACACCACUUUUCCGGGCAUGUGAGAUGGGUCAUAAAGAAGUGAUCCAUACUCUCAUUGAAGGUGGUGCAAGAGUUGAUUUGCUUGACCAAGAUGGCCAUAGUCCUUUGCACUGGGCGGCCCUUGGUGGGAAUGCAGAUGUCUGUCAGAUCCUGAUUCAGAAUCUGAUCAAUCCCAAUAUGCAGGAUUAUGCUGGAAGAACACCUUUGCAGUGUGCUGCAUGUGGAGGUUACAUUAAUUGCAUGGCGAUACUCAUGGAAAACAAGGCGGAUCCCAAUAUACAAGACAAAGAGGGACGGACAGCACUCCACUGGUCUUGUAACAAUGGUUACCUGGAGGCUGUUAAGCUUCUGUUGGGCUAUAGUGCUUUUCCUAAUCAUAUGGAGAUCAACGAAGAGAGGUUCACUCCACUUGAUUAUGCCUUGCUUGGAGAACAUCAGGAGGUUAUUCAGUACAUGCUGGAGCACGGAGCACUAUCAAUUGCUGCAAUUCAAGACAUUGCUGCUUCCAAAAUCCAGGCCGUUUACAAGGGUUAUAUGGUCCGCAAGGCUUUCCAGGAGAGAAAAAAUCUUCUGAUGAAGCAUGAACAACUAAGGAAAGAUGCAGCCAAGAAACGUGAGGAGGAGAACAAAAGAAAGGAGGCAGAGAUUCAGAAGGAAAAGAAAAGAUUGGAAUCUGAAUUCAAUGUACAGCAAGGGGGAGCAAAUCUGGAAAUCAAUUGCCAACUCGCAGAUCAUUAUCCAGUAAAUGGAGAGAGCACUUCCCCUACCAUUUCGGAACAGGAUCAAUUGGAGCUGAGAACCAGAAAAGAUUUUAAAAAGAGUUCUAGAAGCAAAUCUGAAAAGACAGCAACCAUAAGGCCUCUCUUGCAAACGUGGAGGAGUAUAGACACUAUUCAGAGUCACACUUCAUCUAUAGAAACUGGAAAAAGAGAGCUGAAGAAUGGAAAAGCAGCCCUGGAGCAGCAUGUGGAGAAGCAGUUCCUGAGGAGUGCGAGGCGGGGGUUGAAUCCGAGAGUAGUGCGAGGUGAAAUGAGAUGUAAAGAGUCCCAGAGCAGCACAAGGGGAAAACUUACCAGAAAAAGCUCAAAGGGUAAUCGUGUCAAUGAUCAUCAUCCAUACAAUGAGGGAAGCAUUGCUAAUGAGCUACAGUCUUGUAGACAGCUCAGUCCUUCGGAAAAAGGAGAUGCCAGCACUGAAAAUGAUGGAAGGAUCCCUGAAAGUGCCCGCAGAUCCAAUGGCUGUAAAUCAAAACCUGCUGGCUUCAGAUCAGGCAGUGCAACAAAAAAAUCGGUGAAACAACAAAAUCCACCUCCAUUAAUUUGUGGUAGACAUCAUAAAAUAACAUCUGAAUCUUUCCAAGAAUAUGAAGUGCCUUGGGCAAAGUGCAGUCGAUUCUCACCUGCUGGCUCAAGUCGGCCUGGAAGUGCCAAAUCUGUGACUGUAAACAGUACAGAUAACGUUGGCAAUGCUAUGCAAACUAGCACCCAGUGCUCUGAUACCAUCACUUCUGUUUUGCAUCCUCGAGCCUGUCCAAAGUCAAGAAAUAUCAGUGGAAUGUAUAAUUAUGCAAUUGAAAAUGCACCUCGGGACAGGACUGGUUCUUCUCAAUCUCCUAGCACUGAUAAAUGUUCAUUUACCACUUUGAACGAUAGGAGCUCUGAUAUCCAACUUAUCCCUUUGGAAAUCCGAGUACAAAUAGUGGAAAAGGAGAGAUUGCGAAAAGAGCUGUUUCGAAAGAAGAAUAAGGCAGCGGCAGUUAUUCAGAGGGCAUGGAAAAGUUACAGGAUACGUAAAACCCUGUUAUUGCUCCUUCGCUGGCGAUGUCAGAAUGGCGACAAUGUUGACAAGACAUGGAAGCAAGAAGUGGCUGCCUUCACCAUCCAACUAGUCUGGAGGAAGAAUCUCAGUGGCAGUGCCCUGAAUGGUAUUCCCAGAAAAAGCAGCCAAACAUUCAACAGCAAAAGUUCCUGCACAAGGGCAGCAAAGCAACACUCAGUGUUAAAGCAAAUUUAUGGUAAACCUCAGGAAGAAAAAGGUCACAAUUCACAACAAUCACCACCUUUUAGGAAUGGUCACAUCUCUGUUCAGAAAAUGUCUGGAGCCCCUGUCAAAGGUAUAUUCCGAAGAGUUAGAUCAGCAUGCAGCACAUCCCUCAGUUCUACGUAUCAUUCCCAACUCUCACUUGAUCUGACUACCUUCAAUGGGCACACUCAUUGGAGUAAACUUCAGCAUGUUCAGCUCCUGGGAAACACUGGAAAUUCUAAACAGUUCUCCUACAACAUGAGACCACACACUUCAAAGACCUCCAAAGCUAGACCAAAAGAAUAAGUAGUGACACAAGAUUGUAACCAAUAACAUACAUAGUGAAAAUGUGCCAAAUUCAGUUUACGGAAUUGUACUGGUUCCCUGUGCACUUCACCAAGGCUUAUGGAGUCGAGUACAUUUGGACACAUGUUCUUGAAACAUUAAAACCGGGAUAUAGAUUACAGCAAUUAAGCACCACCAAAAAAUAUUUUACUACCAAUAUCAUCUAAAUGUAACAGUUGUUAUAUUACCAGUGGCCACCAUUUCUACCCAUAUGCCAGUGUCAACUCUGUGGUAUCCACACCAUUUAAAAAUCAUAAUUUCCAUUUUUUUUAUCCACAUUCCCUAUAAAACUACAUGGAUUCUGGGAUGGGAUUCAAAUCCCGAAAGCCAUCUUUGUAAACCUGCCUGACCCUUCAGUCCAUAUGGAUUUUAUGUUGGACAACAAUUUAUCGUCUUAGUUAUGAAUUCACGAGAAUUAGAAAUUGCUUUUCCUUACUACCCUUUUCAAAAGCUUUCAUGAUUUUGAAUAUGUAACAGCUAGUCUCUAUGCCUCUAUCUCUCUCACAUAUCCCACCUGCAAAACCGCAACAAUUCCAUGACUUAUUGCAAGUCCUAUUGAAGUCUAACCGGAUAAUCAUUCAUAUUUAACAUUCCCUCUACUUUUAGACAUUAUACCCCUGCUUAUGAAACCAAAGAUUUCUGUUCAGAUUCUCUUUUGAAAAUUUUAGCAUUAACAUAUAUUUUCUUUAGUUUUUCUUUCCAAAAUAUUUCACCUCCAAUUCUACGUUGACCAGUCCACUAACCUUGUUUGUUGCUCUAGUUACUGACAAUUUUCAUAGCUAAGAUAUUGUAUAUUUUUGACCAACCUGGGUUAAACAGGUCUCUUAAGGUUAUAUUUCUUCAUAUAAACAAGUUCAUUUGAAAAUCAUUGUGAAUUUAACAUGCAGCUCAUUGCACCUGUUUAGUAAUUUUAUUCAUUUUAAUUUUUGAUACAUUGUUACUUCAUUUAUUUCCCCUGUACAUCUAAAAAUAUUCACAGCUUUCAGGAUGAAAUCUCAGCUUUGUAAAUGUAGCUGACCAAACUUUCUCAUUUCUAUCACCUUUUAUCUUAAAGUGUCCUAUAUUAGUGUUUACUGUGAACUUUUUCUAGGCAAUAUUUUCCACAUUCCAGGAAUCCUCUCAAAUAGCAUCACCGUGAUAAUUCUAGAUUGGUUGAUUUAACACCUAGGUCAAAGAAACAAAUAGAAAAUCAUCUGUAUUCCCAAACCUUUCAUAAAUGCUGAAAAAAUGUUAAGUUACAGCCUUUUAAACUCUAGCAGGCAUAGACCCACUUGCACCAACUCCAUUUCCUACUUCCAAUGAAUGGUCAUCCUCUUUUCUUCCUCAGUACAUUGGCAGAGGCAUUCUGCAAUGUAGUCAUUUUCAGACGCCAAGUGUCCAAGACUUCACACUGUAUACAAGGCUUUCCAAUAACUUUGUUAAAUUAAGCUAUCUUAAAAAGGUGAUUAAAUUCAACAUAUUUUACCCCUUUAAAUGUAUUUGGAGAUAGCAAGAACUGCAGAUGCUGGAGUCAGUGUCAGUAAAGUGUGGAGCUGGAGGAACACCAGAUCUGCUGUGUUCCUCUAGCUCCACACUGUAUUGACUUUAAAUUUAUUUGUAGGCCCAUUGGGCGUUGUAAGUUGCAAUCAACUCCACACCUUACUGGUUCCUUAUAUGCUGCUUCUCUUUAUUAAUUUAGUACCAAUUCAAACUUGUACUGUUACAUAACAGCCCAAAUGAAACAAUUAACUGGACUAUAUUCAAUUAAUUAUGUUAGCAGUUCAUUAAUGUUAAGGCACUCAAAACCAACCAGAGAAAGUUAAAUGGUUCAGCAGUAUUAAAAAAGUUAAAGUACAAUAAAAGGACAUAAAUUUACAGAAUCAAGGAGUUUACUUUAGGCAACCAAACCUUUGGUGCCACCCUUAUCUUAGAAAACAUUAAACCAAAAUCAUACAACUGCAAGAUGCGUAUGUAGUGAAUAUAUAAAGUUAAACACUAUUGCCAUCCUUCAAACAACCAACCCCUCUCAGAUUUUCUUGUUGAUAGUAAUAAUCAACACUUUUCUUCGUUCAUGGGGUGUAGGAGUUGCUGGCUAGUAUAUAUUUCCCUAAUUGCCCGAGAAGGUGGUGGUGAGCUGCCUUCAUGAAUUGUUGGAGUUCUUACAGCAUUAGGACACCUACAGUGCUGACAGGAAGGGACUUCCAGGAUUUCGACCCAGUGAUACUGAAGAAACAGUAACAUAGUUCCAAAUCAGAAUGGUGUGCAGAUGGAAAGGAACUUACAACUGCUGGUGUUUCUUUACAUCUGCUGCCCUUACCCUGGUAGCUGGUAAACAUAUCUAGCAAAAGAUACAUUUCCAUUGAAUCUCUCCAGCAAAGGGGUAAAAAUCUGACAGUUAGAUAUUAUAGGAUGUAUUAGGAUGAAGUAAUGUUAUACCUUCAUUUAUAUCAGGCUACUUCUAAUUACAAUUAUUUGUAAAUUUAAAUUAACUUUACCUGUCUGUUUUAUUAAAAUUGAUUAAUCCCACAUAACUGGAUCAUUUACAUUAAAUUUUAUAUAACCAAUAUAUCUUUAUAUUACUGUAAAACAAUAUAAUAUAUAUAGAUUAAAUAUCACCUAACCACUCACUUGGAAGCACCAAAUGUACAGUAUUAUCUUUCACAUUUGGAAAAAAUUUCAAACUACAGCAAUUAGCUAUUAUGCUGCAAGCACCUUUUGGUUCAUGCAAAUACAAUAAAUGUUACAUUCACAGUUACGCUACUGAACAAUAUUAUUUGAUGGUACUGCACAACUUACAUUACUUGCUCUUUGUUUUAAUAGUUCUGGACCUGCUUCAUCUAUGUUUAAAUGUAUCUGGAAAUAUUUAUUGUUGCCCUGUUAAAACAACUUUUUGUAUCAGA